CAUAAAUAAAAAUGUGGAGCUCUUCACAAAGCGAGUCUGCCAAGAAUGCUAAAAUCUAUGAGGGGUCUAAAUACAUCACUAAGGAACAUCCACCAAUCGAGCGAGGAGGUAUCGAAUCCAAAAGGCUCUGCAUAAAGCAUCCUGGUAGAGAACUUGAAUUCCUUCGUAAACGAGAUGGAGUCAUGGUCUGUGCAAUCUGUAUCCUCCAAGAAUCUGAAAGAGGAGAAAAGGACAUCAAGGAUAAGUAUUGUGUCAAACACCCAGGCUUUGAAAAACUUUUCUUCUGCAAAGACUGUGUCAAAGGUAUCUGUGAACGAUGCAUCUCAGUCCAUUCAGACUGAGAUAUUGUUACAGUUGUUCUCCAAGCACAAAAAUUAACAAAAGGAUUUAACAGCUUUAAAACCGAUUUUCAGAGAAUUAACCAAGAUUGGAGAACCUUACAUGAGAAAUUUUCAGAGAAAUAAAGAAACUUUUUACAAUCAAGUGGACAAUACAAGUAAAGAUAUCGAAAAUCAUUUUGAUGAACUCAUCAAAAAGAUCGAGGAGAGCAAGUCUAAGUACCUUGAAGCCUUCAAGAUCCGUGCCCAAGGAGAAAUGCAAGAUUUAUUAGAUGAAGACGAAGCCUUUAAUGAAUAUUAUACCAAUGUUAAACACAAAGAACUUGAGAUUGCCAAGCUUGAAGAUCUUUACGAAAACUCUAACGACUAUGAUCUUGUGAAGGAGAGUAGCAUUAUGAAGAACGAAGAGAUGUUCAAAGAGUUCGUGCCUGAAUACACAGAAUCCCUCAAUAGAUGUAAACAGAAGUAUAAAGAAAUAGAGGAAAAAUCAGGCUAUUCUUUCUCCUUUGAGACUGUAACCAAAGAUGAAGAGAUUAUCAACACUAUUCAUAAAAACAUUAAGAUCAAAAUGAAGAUGGAAGACACACAAGGACUCGAUAUUGAAGAAUCUAAAGGAGAAUUUGAGGAAGAAAAACAUGCUAAAGGAGAAACUGGGCAUACUAAAAAUAAGAACUACAAACAACUCUACAGAAUAGAUAAGAUUAAACGACGCAUGCUUAAUUAUGACCUAAAUGAGAAGAAACUUAGAAGGAUAAAUUAUAAUGAGCCUACUAUUAAAGACACCAACGAGGAAAUAGAGACUAGGAAGAUGAGUACAAUCUUUAGAGGAAUCCUCUCUCCUGAUAGCAAAAGUAUCUGUACUGACUCUGGUGAGAUUUAUCUCUUUGGUGCUUCUGAGACCAAAUUUUCAUCUGCUUUCUAUACAAUGGAGGGAAAUGAAAUAGAACAGCUGAAAGACUUGCCAACAAAAAGGAAGAAAAUCUCUUGUGCUUCUACUAAGACGCAUAUUUACUUCACUGGAGAAUUUGAAGGGAUAAGCUCGACUAGAUCGAUCCUCGAGAGAUAUGAUAUAGAAACAAGGGAGUUCUCAGAGAUCACAGGACUUAACAAGCAGUCUAACUACAUUCUCUGUGUGUAUAAUGCAAGGUAUCUAGUAGCCUUCCCAUACAGUAUAAACUCUUUCAAAAUUAUGGUAUGUGAUUUGGACAACCUAACUGAGAUCUCAGAAGGAGUUCUGAAAGGAGAUUGGAAGAAAUAUACAAACAAGAACCCUUCCAAUCUGAACUUAUAUAUCUGUUACAAGAGUUCAGCAAUUCAGAUUAGUAGAAAUGAAAUUUUCUUGUCAAGUUUGAAGUAUGGAUAUGUGUAUAAUAUGCAAACCCAAGCUUUCACAGAUCAGAAAAACUAUGCAGUCGAUGAUGAAUUCUAUGAUGGAUUUUUGGUAAAAGGGCAUUAUUUGUAUGCUUAUGGAGCUAAGGGACUACAAAGAUUUGAUUUUGAGGGAUCCAAGAAAUGGUACAAAAUCGGGCUGAGAGAUAUAAAAGAAGAAACUGAAAAUAAUGAGGAAUCAAAUGAAAGUGCAAGGAGCUUAGAAAAUCAAUCAGAAAGUGCAUCUGAAAGUGAAUUUUAAACUCUCGGAGAUAUCCUAAGGUCAAAAGUGUUAAUUCCUACCUUAUCAU